GCGCGCUACCGCCACGCCUGCGCCGCCCGUCCUGGUCUCCCAAACUACUCGAUGACCUGCUAUGGUGGCGUGGACGGCAAGAGCAGCAAGGUGCUGGAAGAUGCCUGGACGCUGACGAUGCAAAGCGGCGUGGUGUACGGCGAUACACAGCAGUUUAAUGGCAGCUGGUCUCAAGCGAUCGCCAACUAUUCGGCUCCGAGACCAGGGCCCCGAGUGGACCAUUGGAUGAUACCCUUGAGGGGUAAGUUGGGGGUAAUGCGCUCUGUGACAUCGGCAUCGACCUCGGUGUCGGCUGAACCGAAAGAGCCAAGCUUCUCAGUGCACCACGGUUUUCAUCCAGCACCUGCCAGCAGCCACUACUGCCGCGCUGAGUGCGAGAGCAGGAGGCCGCAGCUGUACUCCGCUGGCGCGUGCAGCCUUCGCGGCACUUAUCCUUCCGGGGUCCAUGACAUUGUCGCGAGAAGAGCACAGCUCGCCGGGGAUGCCGGCGGCAUCCACGGCCGCGCAAUGCAGCCAGUGGCCUCUGACCGGCCUAUGGAGCGGAGUUGUCCGCCCGCGCAUGGCUGCGGCACCACAGAGCUGGAGCUGUCCGAGGUCAGCAACCGUAUGUUUGAAAACUCCUCAUCCUCAAAGUUGGAGCAGCAUAUCGGCUGGCCCAUUGGCAUUGCUACGUCGGCCGCUGCCGCCACCGCGGCUGCCAUCACUAAUGCCAUGUUUACUAGGAGGGAUAAUCUGCAGGCGAAGGCGGCAGCAACAGUAGCACCGAUGGCAGCAGAAGCAGAAGAGGCAGGACGUGGUUGGGGUCAUCCAGGAGAGUUGCUGCAUCGCUGCACCAAGCAAAGCGGCACCUAUGACAUCAGCGACCCAGGCGCUGAGGACGAUGACAUCAGCUCUCUUCUGCAGCCCGGGGGCAGUCCGUGCCUGCCCCUGGAGGCCGGUUGGGCCCUGUCUAGCGUGGCACAGCGGGAAGCGCGAGGCGGCGCUGUCUGCGACAGUCAGGCUAGCGGCGCCGGCAGAUGGUUGCACCGACCCGUAUCAGCCAGCAGUAGCCGUUGCAGCAGUAGCAGUUGCAGCAGCGAUGACUUGUGUGAGGGCAUGGACAUCAGUGGCCCGGACGGACCCGCGUCCGGCGCCACCGGCGGCGGCGGCGGCCACGGAGAACAGCUGGGUCAGGACAGGCCCCGACGGGCACCGCCGCCGCCUUUGCCACGCCGCCGCGCGCGCCUGCUGGGUUACACGGACUCCGCCCCUGCCCACUGCAGCAAUGCGGCCGCCGCGGCACCGGCGACGCGCGAGGUCACGAUGGCGUUCCUGCUGGGGCAACAGACGAUGGCGGUACGGCGGCACGUCCCCGGGACCAGCACGCUCAGCGCUCCGCCAGGGGUAACGGCUGCUGCGGCAGCGGCAUCAUCAUCAUCACAAAAGCCUUUCACCCCAACGGAGACAGCGCCCCCGGUUACGGCAGUGGCACUGGGCUGCCGCGUCGUGGAGUCGUCGGCAGCUGAAGGCGAGGCUCCGAGCGGGGACGAGAUGAGGUUGCUCCCGGGGCGAAAUGCUGUCCAACUUGUGGUGGAGAAGAGCUGUGGAAUGGCUGCCGUGGCGCGCGGGUUGCCGCCGCCCCCCCUGCCGCCCCGGAGCAGCACCACGUCACGCAGCAUCAAGCCGCCGUCCGCGGGGCUACUAUCACGCCGGGCCUUGAUGGUCGCCGCCGCGGCGAUGGCGGCGGCGGCAGCAGGAGCCCCGCCGCAACCAAUUCCUCGGCUUCUGCCGUCAGGCUCUCGCAUUGCUGCAGCUGGCUCGUCCUUCUUCCACAGCUGCGCGGCAGGUUCUACGUUCAGCAACAUAAGCAUGAAGGAAGGCUCUGAUGGAGGCGGCUUGCUGAGCUCAGUGCUGGCGGACGGCCUGACUUCGCUGAUAGAGGGCCUGGCGGCGGCGGCCGGCGGCGACGGCGGCAUGUUGCGGGGGUGCAGGGCUUCGGGGGAUUGCGGUACUGAACUCAGUCGCGAUCGUGACCCGCGGGGCCUUAGUGGCGGUGAAAGAGGGCGCGAUGAUGGCUGCGGCAGCGGCAGCGGGAAGUCCGUUCGCACUCGUCGCUUUGGGCGAGGACUGCUUGCCUGCUUCACCGGUCACUGA